UAAAUUAAUAUGUAAUUUUUUGAUAUUCUACGUCCUAUCUAUUGAAAAGUAUGGCGGGUUUGUUUGAAUUAAACCAUAAAUAGUGCUUAUACAAGGUAACGUUUUUUAUACAUCACAUUAGGGUAUUAAAUACCAUUGUUGCAAAACGUGCAUAGAUUUACAAAGUUUUUUAUAAUCUAUUUAUUAAGUUAUGCUUGUUAAUUAAAUAUUUAGAUUAAACUUUUCAUAAGAAUGAUUGAGAAGCCCUAAAUUUAUAAUAUUUGUAAUUCCAUACAUCUUAUUACAUUAUGGAUAAUAUAUUUGGAAAAGAAGACUCUGGAAAUGAAAGCGAGCAUGUAGAUGUUGAGGAAAAGGAAGAUAAAGUUAGUUCUUCGCAAGAUUCUGUAAUCAAAGAUGUAGAAACGGUGGAUGUUGAUAAUAUACAAGUUAAGGUAGAAUUUGAUGCAAUGAGUUCACAGUCACAGUCGGAUGGAGAAGAAAUAGAAAGUAAUUUGUUAUGCGACGAAGUCACAGAAUUGGAAGAUCAAUUGGAAAUUGUUAAACAUGAAAUUGAAAGUAAAGAAGAAGAACAAGCUAGGGAAGAUAUAUUUGAAAAUGACAUAGUAUUGCCUCAUGCAAAUCCAACAAGUGUUAAGGAAAGAAGAGAAAGUAAAGAGAAAAGUAAAAAAGAAUUAGAAGAAGAAGAAAGAGAAAGGAUGCAAGUACUAGUGUCAAAUUUUACGGAGGAUCAAUUGGACAGAUAUGAAAUGUACAGAAGAGCAGCUUUUCCAAAAGCUGCGAUAAAAAGAAUCAUGCAAACUAUAACAGGUUGUUCAGUGUCACAGAAUGUGGUCAUUGCUAUGUCUGGUAUUGCAAAAGUGUUUGUUGGAGAAAUAGUAGAAGAAGCUCUUGACGUUAUGGAAGCUCAUCAGGAAUCAGGUCCUUUACAACCGAAACAUUUAAGAGAAGCUGUUAGAAGAUUAAGACUUCAAGGACAAAUUCCAAAUGGUCGUGCUAAUAAAACAUUCUUCCGAUUAUAAGUAUUCUUUAGCAUAAUUAUUUAAAACUGUGAUUUAAAACAAAUGUCUUUAAUAGGUUAAAAAGUUGAGUAAAUAUUUUU